AUGAGUUGGGGUAGUGAUGGAUCGUUCUGGGAUGUUGAAGGAGUACGCCAUACAGGACAUAAAGGCUUAUUGAAUUCAUCUUCACUUAUUAUCGAAGUUGGUGGAAAUCGUGGACAUGAUACAGUUGCAUUUAUUAAACUUUAUGAUCCAUGGAUAAUUAGUUAUGAACCACUAGUAUCAAUGGCAAAAAAUCUAACUGAACAAUUUAAAACGAAUUCAAAAGUCAAAAUUCAUCCAUAUGGACUUGGUAGUUAUGCAAGAAAUUUAAGAAUUGAACCACAUGAUUAUGGUAAUGCUGGUACAAGUAUUUUUCGAAAACUCUCCUCUGAAAAUUCAUCAAAAAUCGUACAAGUUGAAUUACUUGAUAUUGUUAAAGUUUUUCAAGAUAUAAGACAAACUAAAACAAAAAAUGGAAUUAUUGAUUUACUUAGUAUAAACUGUGAAGGGUGUGAAUUUGAAAUUCUACCAGCUUUAAUAUUAAAUAAUAUGACACAAUAUUUUCGAAUUAUUCAAUUUGCUACACACCUUGGGCUUGUACCAGAGGCAUCGUGUAUUUAUUGUCAAAUUGAACUAGGUUUGGAAAUAACACAUCAACAUUUAUUUCAUUAUACUAAACUAUGGGAAGGAUGGGUACUGAAGAAUAAAACAGGAAAUUGA